GCGAUAUUCCGUUGAUUGGUCGAAUCUGAGAAUGGCCGUUCCUACCAUUUUAAAUUCGAGUUAAGGAACAUUUUAUCCCAGAUCUAUUCGAACAACAGAUAACAUUAUUUGAAUAAAAUAUGUCCAUUAAUGUUACCGUCAAUGGAAAUCGUUUGAAUAUACGUAGAGGAAGAAUGGUAUUAUCCGACUUAGAUCAAAUUAAGAAAAACGAGCGUGAUCGUCGACGCAGGUUACGACUGGAGCAGGUGCGACAACAAUCAAAAGAAAUAUCAGAUAGACUUUUAAAACGUACGAAAUGCAUAGCCAAAGAGGAACUUAAAAAGCUUGAGAAUAAUGACAAGUUGAGCCUGAAGCAGAUAUACAAUGGAAAAAUUAUGGAAGUUCAACAAAAGUAUCAAGAGGAUAUGGCAGAUAUUGGCCAAGCACAUAUAUCUGCUGCAUUAGAACCUGACCAUGAUGCACUAAUAGAUGAGCAACACAGAAAGAAUCAAUUAGCGGCACUGAAAAGAGGAAAAGAAGCAAUGAAGCAAAUUAAAAAUACUCAGCAGAAGGAAGCUGCACAACAGCAACAUCAAGAAAGGCUGCAUCUAGUGAGAGAAAUGGAGGAUCUCAGAUCUACAAUGAUAGCAAAUCUUUCCAAGAAAACAGUACCUGAAGAGGACACUAUAUGUAUUUCUAUUCAAAAUGAAAUUGAUGAAGGUAACAAACAGCAAAAAGCUACUAAAAAGAAGACAAAGAAACGCGUUUCUAAAAAAUCACCUGGAAAAGUAAAAACCAAUAUAAAAAUUGUAGAAAAUGAUUUUAAAAUGCGUUCUCCAGUUAAGUCUCCAGUUAAAUCUCCAGGAAAGUCUAAACCAAAAACAGUGGAAGAAAUUCCAGAAAAUGAUUCAGUUCUAGAACAACAAUCCACUCCAAAUUCAGUUAUAGAACUAUUGCCUAAACAAACUGUGCAUACAACUGAAUCUGAGUUCAAUAGUAAAAACUCUAAGAAAGAAACGACAAGUAUUCCAGCAAAAGAUAAAACAACGAGAUAUAAUCCAAAUGAUUAUGUACAAACGACCUCGGACUCUAUUAACAGUGAUAGCCCUAAUUCAUUUAGUGACGACUCGUCAUAUUUUUCUGAUAGCAGUGAACAAUAUAUAAAUAAAGAAAUAAAGACACCGAAAUAUAUUAAAUGUCCAGCUACUGAUAAAGUACAAUUAUACGAUCAUAAAAAGCAUCAUAGUAACGUGUACGAUCAACCAGCUGGCGUAGUUGAAAAAAUCCAUACGUGGGAUGAGCCAAGUGCAAUGGAUUUGGCUCAAGUAAUUGAACGGGCACAAACUGCCGAGACACGUGUACUAGAAGAUCGUCAAAAGAACGCAAAGAAACGCGGAGAGGAUGCUGUAUUAAGAGAGAAAGUGCGUCGGGAUUAUCGGACAUUGAUGCAGAAUCUGAGUCAACUUACGAGCGACGAGCGUAAAUUGAAAGCCAGUAAAGUGGAACAUUACCCGAGAGACACAUACGUGCAAGAGGAACGGAGAAAAAUUUUGAGGGAGCAGCACAAGACGAAGUUAAAUCGUGCAUUAAAAACGCUGUUAGAUGAUGAAUCUUUAAAUGUGUGCGAGGAACAACGCGCAUAUCCUGUAGAAAGACCAAUUACCCUUGCACCAAGGGAACGCAACAAAAAUAUGGAUGACUAUGCUGAUUGGGAAGGACCUUGUUGUUGCCUCAGCCAACCUACAGAACCCAGAAAAACUUCGCAAAAUAAAUGCGAGGAGGAUGGAGCUUCGCAUGAGGAAGAUGGAGCUUCGCGCGAGGAACAAAUAUUAGAUAUGUUGAAAAAAGUUGAAAGACAGAAACGGCUGUUGUUACAAGAAUUCGGGGCGGAUUUGCCAAAUGAUAUCUUCAAUGCAUCUGUAAAAUCCUUGUUUGAGAGAGAUAAAUCCGUUCAGACUCAAUUACCUGCCCAAGACGUUCAAGAGCCUUUGUCGCCAGAGAUUAAAGUAAUAAAUGCAUCUUUCGACGAGAAAAAUAAAAAAGAUAAGGCAAAGGAAAGAAACGACACGCCUGCGAAAAAAGUAGAAAUUGCUGUGCAAACUGCGACGGAAGAUAAAGUUCAAGAUAAAGGUACGCAAGUGGAAUUGGCACCGCGGAAGGAAUCUGUUACUGACGAUGUUGAAACGAUCGCCAAACAUUAUCCAAUCGAGCCAAAAAUUACGAUUAUUAGACAAGAAGAAGAUAGUAGCGAAUCGAGAAGUUCUGAAACAAUGAACGAAGUUACCGACGACGAAGAAAGCCCGGAGGUAACGCUUAAAAAGAAGAAAUAUGUCACGAAAACAAAAAUGUGUCACAAAUCAUGUUUGACUCGUCCGUGCAAACCUUCGUCUCCCACGAAGAAAUAUCCGAAAUUUUUCCCGAAAAAGAACGCUUGUACGGAAGAUGUACCGCCUAGCAAGGAGGUUGAAACGUGCACGGAUAAGAAGCCACCACCGGUUGCAGAAAUUGCUAUAGAUGUUAGCACGCAAAGCACUCAGGUUUAUUCAACGGGUACUCAAGAACAGUCAGCUACGAGCAAGCAACAAUGGACUCAAUCCAGGUCGAGAAGAAUUCAAAUAAAAGACAUUUCGGAUACGUCAACUUCGUUCGCUAGUCCACCACCAGUAAAACCCAAAGACAUACUCGAAGCUUUGAGCAAUAACCUCACUAUUCUUGAACUAUUGGAUUCUCCAGUGAGUGAAACUAUAAGGCGCCUGAGGAGAGACGUUAGUCCAGUGUCAACACCAGAAACCCCGUCGCCGCGUACCAUGAGAAUGCCUUCAAAUAUACCUGAUUUGGAGAGAAUUAAAAAAUUGCUCAGAUAUUCAUCCAUAGAUGUUCAAACGGACAAUAAUAAUACGUCGUCGUCUACUAGAAAUGAUUAUUCAACGUCGAUAGAUACGUCUCAAUGUCAGCAAACUGAUCACCCGUUGUCGAGAAGGAAUAACGAUCUACAUUCGAAAGUUCCACCUUCCUUGGGAUUUUGUAUAUGCAAUAACCCAGAAUGCGAACAAAUGCACGCUAAAUUUGAUGAAAUUCGUAGCUACGCGUUGAAAAAUUGCCCGCAAAUAUUACAAAAGUACGAGGAUCUCCAAACUAUUUGCGCAGAGAGGAUAAUCUCCUUGACGAAUCUUAUUGAAAAAGUUCGAAAUGAACAAAGAGGUAUGGAACUGUCUAUGAUCGAUUCACACGAUGAAACCAGUUUGAUGCAAUUACCAGAGCCACGACUGAAAACCGCCGAUCUGGAAAAUGUCCACCGACUCAUAGAAAACAUAGAGGCAAUUCACAAUCAGCUUGCAAGGACGCUGAUCGAAUCUCAGAAGAUCAUCAGGAGCAAGGCAAUUCCCAGAGAGGAAUCUGAUCAAGUUAAAGAAACAGAAAUAGCAACUCCAACGAUUGACGACAACGCGAUUUACUCUACUGAACAGAGGAUAGAAGAAGUGAAAAGAGAGAAAGCUAAGCCUAAAAUUAUAAAUGAGGAAAAGGUGAACAUUCAGUUAAGUAAAUUCCGAGUAAAACCACCGGAAUUUACGUCGACGCCGAAACACGAUACCGACUUGACGAGAUACUACGAAGAAGGAUUAAUAGAAAGAAUAUCGAAAGAAAUAUUGGAACAGAGCAAAGGUCUUAACAAUAAUUUCAUUACGUCAAAGGAUAUUUCAUCUAUCAAGCAUUCGAUACAGACUUCAACAGACAACAACGAUUUUAAAAAUAUUUCCAAAAUAGAGAUGACUGGUACAACUACGACGAGACAGCCUAAUAAAGAGGCAAAAAGAACUAAAGAUUUUGUUCCAUCGUUGACCGACGCUUCAAAAGUAUCGAAAGCCGUAGAUAACUCGAUGCAUUCCAACGGGAGGAGUAAGCCACCAGUGAGUUUGCUUAGUGGGCCGUAUAGGCCGGAAAUUGAAUCAUCGGGUCACGAAUUGUCGACGAUAAUCGAAUUCGACACGCCGGACACUGUGAAUAAGAGCCAAAGUAACGUUAAAAGCCCGCUGUCAGCAAGAAAAGUCGCCGAGAAAUCUACCGCUAUAGUGAAGCCGUCGGAACACGUUUCUCCUUCACUUAAUCUACGUAACAAACAACAGUCGGAAAGAUUGCGCAACUCCUCGGCCGCAAGGUCGCCGUUAAAAGAGUUAGUAAAAGAGACCUCGAUAUUUCUCGACUCGCCUAAAACGUCCAAAAAUAUAGGAGGUCAGAGUUCGACGGGAAGUAAAGAGGAGGAGGGGAAGAAGGAGGAGGCUGUUCAAGAGACGAGCGACAAAAAAUUACAGUGUGACACAGACAACCGAGGAUCGCCGGAGACUGAGGAACAGCAGCUUUUUCGUCCUGACGCCGACACGAGCAAGGAGUGUAAAGACAAUGGUGACAAAAUCACGUCCACAAGCUCGAACAGCUUCUCCGAGUUGUCAGGUGUCUCGCAGAUAGCGAGUACACCGUCCUCUACCGUGUUGAAGUACGCGUCGUCCCCGGAGGAGAUGGAGAUUGCUCUUAAGAAACUUGGUCUAGGUUGGGCGAUCACCACGCUGAAGAAGACGCGCGAGGCGAGCGCUCUGAGUUCGUCGUCGAACUCCGACGUGACGCCGAUGAACACCGCCAAGAGGAUAUCGCCUGUUAAGAAGCAACUGGACGGCAACUACGGACUGCCGGACUUCAGCGACGUGUCCUCGAUAUCCAUCAAAGAGGCCAGCAAAAGCACGGAGCAAGCGGUUCUCCUGAAGGGUAGAACGUCCACGCCGAAGCUGCAAGAUUCGAAUUCGAACAGCGAGAGGACGAACACCAGCAAUACGAACGUGUCCGAGAAUUUUCAAAAGCCCGACGACGGUUUGAUCAUUCCUAACAUAUCUCUCAUGAAGACGAAAUCCAGCAUUAAAAGAUUGGAAAACCCACGCUGACGCGUUUUGUAAUUUAUACUGGAAUUUAUUUUGUUACAAAUAAUCUGAAAAUACACGAGAAAUCGACGAAAAUUGCA